AUGACAGUUCCUUUUCAGAGAAGACCUCUCUGGGGUCCCCUAACCAGCUCUCCUCUACAGAAAUUCAAUUUGUUCAACUGGGUUAAAGACCUUCACCUGUAUGCACGUAAGCUCAAAUGGAAAAAAUUCUUCCUCACUCACGACACUCGUAUGUGUCAGGAGUUGGGUAUUAGGAUGGAGGAGCUAGAAGAUGUACAGCUACUUGCGGGUCUGUAUGAGGAAGGUACCAGGGACAUUGGUGAUGGACCAUUCACAGAUUUACGACAUCCUUCUAAGAUGUUCCCCCCAAUUAGUGACAAUACCCCCAUUGACACCUUUGUCACGGUUGUCACCCAGGACCUUCAUAAUUUGAAGGGCCAAACUGCAGGUCCUGACAACCUCAGUCCCCAGGAAAGAACAGCAUUGGGAGGCUUAGAGGGUGAUACCAACAUAGUUAUCAAGCCCUCAGAUAAGGGGGGUAAUAUUGUCAUUAUGGAUCAAGAUGCGUAUCGUGACAUGUGCCUUACCAUCCUACGAGAUGUAACCACGUACAGACGUCUCCCAUCGGACCCAACUUCUAUUUUUAGUGAACAACUGUCCACACUCCUAAAGGCAGCGGCUAGGGAGAGACUUAUAAGCAAGACCGAGUUUGAGUUUCUGUCACCCAAGUUCCCAAUUCGUGCUGUGUUUUACAGCCUCCCCAAGCUGCACAAGCAGAGCAUACCAUUGAAAGGCAGACCCAUCGUGUCGGGGGUUGGGAGCCUCACAGCUAACAUUAGCACAUAUGUUGAUGUGAUCUUGAGGCCCUUUGUGGCAUGUUUACCAUCGUAUGCCCGUGACACGAUGGAUGUUUUACAACGCCUUGAGGGUAUUGUCUGUGAGGCAGACACGUGGCUGGCCAGUUUGGAUGUGGAGGCUCUAUACAGCUCUAUUCCGCACGACAAAGGGUGUCAAGCUGUACGGACCUUCCUCCAACAGAGAGGUGCACAUCUUAUCCGCCACAACACCUUCGUGAUGGACUUACUAGAAUUUGUCCUUAAUCACAAUGUGUUCUUGUUUGACCGUCAGGUUUUCCACCAGCUCAGGGGAGUUGCGAUGGGUAGUCCAUGUGCCCCGACUUACGCAAACCUCUACCUGGGCUGGUGGGAAAAGGAGGUCGUGUUUGGCGAUUCCAUGGAACAGUACACGUCGUCGAUAUUAAUCUGGAUCAGGUAUAUCGACGACGUGUUUCUGCUAUGGAAGGGGUCCAAGGACUGGUUUGCUAAAUUUGUAGCUGAACUAAACAGUAACCAGUUGGGCCUAUUUUUUACGUCCGAUAUACAGGAGAGGGCAAUUACAUUUCUGGAUUUGACUGUCACUGUGUCAUCAGACAGGAGAAUCACGACCAACUUGUUCCGUAAGCAGACAGCUACAAACAGUCUGCUGAGCGUGGGACAAACGGCAAGCAUUCUCCUCCAAAUAAAUCCUAGUGAAGUUGAAAGUCUGAAUGAUGGAAUAAACUUCUUCAGGAAUAAGGAAACAGGAAAGAACUUUAUUGUAUUUAAAGAUGGUGAAGUAUUGCGUGCGUGUAAAAAUGUAUGUAAGCAUCAAGGUGGAACCUUCAUUAGAGACAUUGAAGACCUCGAUAGCAGAACUGUUCGCUGUACCAAACACAACUGGAAGCUGGAUGUUAGCACCAUGAAAUACGUCAACCCUCCGGAUAGUUUCUGCCAAGAAGAGCUAGUCAUUGAAAAGGGUGAAGACGAUGGCAUAUCACUUGUCGAAUUAAAUCCACCAAAUCCCUGGGAUACUGACCCUCAAAUUCCAAAGGAUUUAGAAAUUGGAGAACUUCAGAUUGCCUAUCUCACUCAUGCCUGCAUGGAGUUGAAGCUUGGUGAAACAUACAUGGUUUUUGACCCCUGGCUGACCGGUCCAGCCUUUGCUCGAGGAUGGUGGCUGCUUCAUGAGCCGCCUUCUGAUUGGUUGGAGAGAUUGUGCAGGGCAGAUUUAAUUUAUAUAAGUCACAUGCAUUCUGAUCAUCUAAGUUAUCCAACAUUGAAGAAGCUUUCUGAAAGAAGACCAGAUGUUCCAAUAUUUGUGGGCGAAACUGAACGCCCAGUCUUUUGGUACUUGGAAAAGAGUGGCAUUAAUCUAACAAAUGUCAAUGCUGUUCCUUUUGGAAUAUGGCAGCAGGUCAAUGAACAUCUCCGCUUUAUGAUUCUGAUGGAUGGUAUUCACCCUGAAAUAGAUACAUGCAUCAUAGUAGAAUAUAAAGGUCAUAAAAUACUUAAUACAGUAGACUGUACUAGGCCAAAUGGGGGAAAACUCCCCACAGAUGUUGCUGUAAUGAUGAGUGACUUUGCUGGAGGUGCAUCAGGAUUUCCAAUGACAUUCAGUGGCGGAAAGUUUACAGAGGAAUGGAAGUCACAGUUCAUCAAAACAGAGAGAAAGAAACUGCUAAACUACAAAACCCAGCUGGUAAAGGAUUUGAACCCUCGUAUCUUCUGCCCAUUUGCUGGUUACUUUGUUGAGGCCCACCCAUCAGAUAAAUACAUUAAGGAAACCAACUUAAAGAAUGAUGCUGCAACAUUAAAUCAACUUAUUAAUCAAGUAUCAAAUGUCAUUACAUGGACCCCGAAGCCAGGAGACAUACUGGAUGUGGGGAGGUUACUGAAAGACCCAGCUGAUAGAGACGGAAUUGUUCAUAUGCCUCCAGGAACAAAAAUCUUUAAAGAGUCUUGGGACUUUGAUACAUACCUAGAUGCCAUGUCCGUUUCAUCUAAAGAUGAGAUCUUCAGCUACCCUUCCUGGGUUAUAGAAUAUUUUACCUGGGCUGGAUUUAAAGACUAUAAUCUUGUAGUCAGGAUGAUUGAAACUGAUGAUGAUUUUAAUGAUCUAUCUAGAGGAUAUACCUACUUGGUAGAUUUCUCUGACUUAUCUUUCCCUGCUGUAAGACCAAGUCGUGACCAUGCAUAUGAAGAGAUACGAACUCGAGCUACGGUCAUGAGACAUGUAGUAAAGAAUGGACUUCUAUGGGAUGAUUUGUAUAUCGGAUUCCAAACUCGUAUUCAACGGGACCCAGACAUCUACCACCAUCAAUUUUGGAACCAUUUUCAGAUCAAACUGCCAUUGUCACCACCGGACUGGGACGCAUUUUUGAUGAGAGAGAAACAAAAUAGGAAUAAUUCACAGAGCUGCAACAUGAUGUGAACCAUGGGAUCAAGAAUGGCUUAC